CGCCACCCUGGCUACUAUGUCUUGGCCAUCGUAUCAGCCGCACCCAUGCCCAGAUUGGGACUUUUGGCAAGACCCCUCCGAUGCUUUCUUGGCCUCUUCAUCAAGCCACCAAGUUCAUGAAGACCCUUUCCACGAUUGUCUUUGCUUCGAUAUGGUUGACAGGGCGGCAAAACAACGGCCGGCGAGUUCACAGGUCACGGAAGCCGACACUGGUAAGGAAAAAACAUACAUAGGGGUGAGGAAGAGACCUUGGGGGAAAUUUGCAGCAGAGAUCAGAGAUACUACCAGGAAUGGCAGAAGAGUUUGGCUGGGAACGUUUCAGAGCGCGGAGGAAGCUGCCCUUGCUUACGACCAAGCUGCAUUCACCAUGAGAGGAAACAACGCUGUUCUGAAUUUUCCGGUGGAAAAAGUGAAGGAGUCUUUGCAAGACAUCAGGUAUGGUUGCCGCAAAGGCUGUUCGCCUGCUUUAGCCCUCAAAGAGAGACACUACAUCCAGAGAAAACUGUCGUCAAAAGCCCAGAAAGACAAAGCCAAACAGCAAUCAGAGGUGGUGGUGCUAGAAGAUCUAGGUGUAGAAUAUCUGGAGCAACUUCUCAGCUUAUCCGAUGAAACUGCAUGCCCAACCCACUUCAAAUGAUUCAUCGCGUUUCAUAAUUAUUUCCUUCUAUUUAUACUUACUAUGUGUGGAGGGAGCCUCAUUAUCUUAUUUUCAUCCCUCUUUUUUAAUUAUUUUGUGGUUAUUUUCUCUUCAGAGUUAAUCAUAAGUCCAC